UCAGUUUCAUUUGUGAAUUGUGCGUUAUUCAAUCUGUCAAGCAAAUGUCAGCAAAAGCCAAAAAAUAUAUUUUCGCUUUUAGGCCAAAUAAAAAACAAUCUUUAAAAAUUGAGAUUUCAAGCAAGCUGUCAACUCCUCUAUUUAUAUUGAUUUUGCUAAAUAUGGCUUGGAGAAGUCAUGGAAUUAAUAAUUUGGAUAUGGUGCGCAAUCUUAAAUCGAAUGGAAUAAUAAAAUCGGAUAGUGUUGCUAAUGCAAUGUCUGCUGUUGAUAGAAAAAACUAUUGUCCUUAUGCACCAUACCAUGACUCACCACAAUCUAUUGGAUUUGCUGCUACAAUAAGUGCUCCACAUAUGCACGCACAUGCACUAGAAAGGUUAAAGAACCAAUUAGUACCUGGAGAGAAAGCAUUGGAUGUGGGAUCAGGAUCUGGAUACUUAACAGCAUGCAUGGCACACAUGGUUGGAGAAAGCGGCCGAGUAAUAGGCAUUGAACAUAUACCAGAAUUGGUCACUCUCGCAACUAAAAAUAUUAACCAUGACAACCCAAAACUUCUUUCUUCUGAGAGAAUUAGGCUUAUUGUUGGUGAUGGACGAUUGGGUUACCCUUCAGAGGCUCCUUAUAAUGCCAUUCAUGUUGGGGCUGCUGCACCUACUUUACCACAGGCACUUGUUGAGCAAUUGAAACCAGGGGGUCGUCUCGUAGUUCCAGUGGGACCGGAAGGCGGAGAUCAAUAUCUCACUCAGGUGGACAAAGCACUUGAUGGCUCUACUACAGUAAAGAAGCUCAUGAGUGUUAUAUACGUUCCCCUCACAGACAAGAGUCACCAAUAUCGUCUCUGGAAAUAAAUUGCCUCUAUAAAAAUUAACGAACGAAAGCUGCGUCAUAUUAUACAGAUUACCCGAGAGUGAAACGGAGAGAAAGUGAAAUGCCUAUAUAAUCCAUAUUAUUCCCCCAAUUUAUUCAAUAAAAAAUUUAAAUAAAA